AUGGCCGAGACAAGAGGGACAAGAGGUAUGGACAAGAGUGGGCCGACAGGGCAAGUCGAUUCCUGGACAAUGCCGCUGACUGUGACCCCCAAGGGGGCGAUGUACUCUGUUCCGUUCGUGCUGGGUCUGGAUGCCUACAGCUACAAGGUCGGCAAACAUAUGGCCUCGCGCGUGGAAACCCGUGUGAAGAUGAGCGUCCGGGAAACAAGCAGCACGAGCGCUGCCAAGCGUCCAGCGAGCGCGACACCGGCCAGGUUGGUGCAGGCCGGCGUUAAUGGGAGUACGACCUUUCUGUGGAACAGCGACGGAGCUCACUCAUCAGAUUCUGGUGCAUCCCAGGUUCGCAAGAAGAGGCAGAAACGAACAGAUGACCUGCUUCACGAGCUCGUGAUGACCUGUGGAGACCCCAUCGAUGUUGUCUCGCACUGGUUUGAGAUCUUUGCGUUCUACUGUGAUCCCCCAGAAGCCAUUGCCUUACCCAGGCUACCUGAAAGGAGGGAAGCGAAGGACAUUUUCAUAGACAAGAUAGACAUGCCAGCAGUACAAAGCCUUUCUUGCCCGACAUCUAGGCAGAGUACCAAGCGACCUGCGCGAAGAGGACGCACGCGGUCCUUCUCGGCGCCGCGCCUGCGAAAAACUGAAAUGGUGCGGGUGCAAAGCCCCUCCUUAGACAAUGAGAAGAAGCUUGAUCUUAUGCGCAGCGACCUUUACAAGACCCGUUCAGUGUUGAAGGAAGCUGGACUGGCAGGGAAGGGCGCUGGGCAUUUGGACUUGGGUCACCGGCUCAAAGCCCAGAGCCUCAACGCGGAGUCCUUCGCAAGCUGGAUGGAGAGCUUCAGCUUCAUCCUCAAUCUUCAGAGACCCAAAGCCGAUAUGGCUGUGCCAUUAGGACCGAAGGGAAAAAGCAACCAGGGUCACCAGGGCCAUGGCGGCCACGGCGGCCACGGCGGCCGCGGCGGCCGCGGCGGCCACGGCCAGAGAUCUCACAGUCCUCCACGGCGACGCUCGGUGGCGCCUCGGCGAGCAUCCGACGUGGAGAAUGUGACCAAGCGCUUGCUUGCAAGACUGGACCAGAGGGUUGUACUCGGAUCGUGGGAGCUCAUCACCGGCGAGGAAGCGAAGGAAGCCUCCAGCAGUGCUACCAGCAGCGAUGAAGAGCUGGAGAGAAGGCAGAAGAUUGCGCAAAGUUUAUCGCAAACAGAUGCGAGGCAGAUCAUGCUGCGUAGCAGCAGCUUGGCGAUGUUGAACUCAGGCAUGAUCAAGAACAAGUCCAAAGGGGCAGACCGGGCAAAGCCUGGAUAUGAUGACGUUGUGAAGACUCGUGCCCGCAUACUCAGCGGCAUCUCGCCUGCUCAGAUGACAGUGAAGAAUUUGACUUCUUUCCUGGCGCUGUUCGGGAUGCAGCGCAAGGAGGCCGUCGAACGAGCUGCCAAAUACUUUCUGUUUGCCGUGCCCUGCAGCUCGCACACCAGAACAACGAACCAGUCUUUGCAGCUGGAUGAUGACGAGAACCAGGAAGACGGAGCAUGGCUUCAGGAAAAGCUGCCUUUCGAAGUCUUCUAUCGCUUGAUGCGGGCCUUACAGGGCCCAAAGCGUUCAGCAAAAAGUGGCGAUUUCAGCAGCGAGAUUGGAAAAUCGUAUUUGGCAUCAGAGCUGCUCUCUCGCUUGCUGUUCUGCGCGCUCGUCGGCCACGAGGGUGUGCACCACUCCUCUGGCGCAGCUGCGCGCUUCCACGAUGACGCGUCGGCCCAGCCCGUGUCGGUUGCCAACCUCGCUCACUCGCUGCGCCUCCUCCUGUCACAUGAGCUCCUCCAGUCCGAGUCCAGCCUGGAGGCACAGGUACAAGCCCUUGCGGAGUUUCUUUGCCUGGUGCUCCAGCGAAGCGAGGCGUGUUGGAAGAAUGCUACAGUCGAGGAAAGUGGAGUUAGCUACAAUGGCUUCCUGACCUUCAUGAAGUGGCACCCGGAUGCCUACGUGCAUCUUCUCUUCCUCCUGCUUCCGCUUUCUCUGAUGGGUCCGAAAUUCGCGUCGGAGGAGAUGUACCUGAUUCGCAAGGGCUUGUCUCAUCGCGCUGGCGAACUUCGUGCAAAGGCGGCCACAUUGACUCGUCAACGGCAGAAAAGGCGGCUUCUCGACAUGUGCGCGAGCCUUGUCCAGCCUUGGUUGGAGGCCAACAAUCCGAAAGUCAAAGCUUGA